AAGGAAAGCAGUAGUGAUUAAAAAAUGAAAUUUUCUUUUGGAUUUGUUUUGCUUAUAUAAGUAAAGUCUUAUCAUUAUUCAGACAGUGUAUGUUUUUACAUCGAUGAUACAUAUGUAUGAUACUGAAGGUGAAAAUUUAAGAAUUAUCGCAAAAUGUACUUUGUCUGCUUGAUAACCUUGGCUUCAAGUGCUGUUCCAGAUAUCCUGGCUCAAUCAUCAACCGUGACAGUGCAGCCUGCUACAGCAAAAUUGAAUGAAGAUGCAUUGAUAACAUAUGCAUUUUCAACAAUCCUACCAGGAGAAAAUGUGUUGUACGAGACUUGGUUAAAAAGUGACGCAGAUGGUGUACUACUGGGGGAUGCUAUUAUAACGAAUAUAUUAAAUACAGAACCUAAAGGUAGAUACAGCAUAAGUCCUGAUGGAUACCUCAUUAUAUCUGAUGUUGAAGUUAACGAUACAGGCUACUACCUAUGUAGAGUAUCUACAUCCUCCGGUGACAACGCAAAAGUGGGUUCUCAAAAUUAACAGUUCACUGUAAGUACUGUAUUUACACUUUUUUCAUUGCUUGCUUGUUGCAUGUUCAGUGAGUAGCC